AUGUCUGAAGCCAUGCAUAGUGAGAGAACUGGGAUCCUUAGUGAUGGUGAUAGGAAAGCUCUGGACUUUAUUGAGAAUGUCACCAAGCAUACUGACCAAGUGCAGGUUCAAGUGCUUUCUGAGAUUUUGACGAGGAAUGCUCAUACGGAAUAUCUGAAGCGCUAUGACCUCAAUGGUUGCACUGAUAGGGACUCUUUCAAAGCACUCUUGCCCGUCAUUACAUAUGAGGAUCUGCAGCCUGAUAUUGUGCGAAUCGCUAAUGGGGAUAAGGCUCCUAUUCUUUCAUCUUAUCCCGUCUCCGAAUUUCUCACCAGCUCUGGAACAUCUGCUGGAGAACGCAAGCUGAUGCCCACAAUCGAAGAGGAGUUGGACCGGAGAACGCUUCUUUACAGCCUUCUCAUGCCUGUCAUGAACCAGUACAUAAAGGGGCUGGACAAGGGAAAAGGUAUGUACUUCCUCUUCAUCAAAUCUGAAACCAGGACUCCUGGCGGAUUAGUAGCUCGGCCAGUUCUAACGAGCUACUAUAAGAGCCGGCACUUCAGAGAAAAGCCUUUUGAUCCCUACAAUGUCUACACCAGCCCCAUGGAGGCCAUUUUGUGCCCCGAUUCACACCAGAGCAUGUACGCUCAACUUCUCUGCGGCCUUGCCCAAAACAAACAAGUUCUCAGAGCAGGAGCCGUCUUCGCCUCGGGCUUGCUCAGAGCCAUAAGUUUCCUGGAACAGCACUGGCGCUCAAUUUGCCAUGACAUUCGAAUGGGAAGCGUGAGCGAGGAAGACGUGAGCGAUCCUUCAGUAAGAAAGGCCGUAAUGAACAUAUUGAGCUCCAAUCCUGAGCUAGCAGAUCUCAUGGAGCGUGAGUGCUCAAAGAAGUCAUGGGAGGGAAUAAUCAAGCGGAUCUGGCCAAAUAUAAAGUACCUGGAAGUGAUCGUGACAGGCGCAAUGGCUCAGUACAUUCCCACCCUCGAUUUCUAUAGCGGCAGACUCCCUCAGUUGUGCACGAUGUACGCCUCCUCCGAGUGUUAUUUCGGCCUCAAUCUGAACCCACUCAGUAAACCUUGGGAAGUGUCUUACACUAUCUUGCCCAACAUGGCCUACUUCGAAUUCCUUCCUCUCCGCCGCGACAAUCGCAAUGAAAACACCAGCAAUCCGACACAGUCUUCCGAACAUCCACAGCUAGUGGAGCUCGCCGACGUCAAAGUCGGGGAAGAAUAUGAGCUUGUUGUAACCACAUACGCAGGGUUGUAUCGUUACAGAGUGGGAGACGUGCUCAGGGUGACCGGCUUCCACAACUCUGCGCCGCAGUUUCACUUUUUGUGCCGUAAAAAUGUAAUGUUAAGCAUUGACUCGGACAAAACUGACGAAGUGGAGCUGCAGAACGCGGUGAACAAGGCAACUGAGCAUCUGGAGAGCUAUGGGGCUCGAGUGAUGGAGUACACCAGCUACGCAGACGUAUCUAGCAUUCCGGGGCAUUACGUUCUCUUCUGGGAGCUCAACACUUCUGAAGUGCCUGCUGAGGUUUUGCAGCAGUGUUGUCUCACCGUUGAGGAGAGUUUAAAUUCGGUGUACAGACAAGGUAGAGCUGCUGACAAAUCCAUCGGCCCUCUGGAGAUAAAAAUAGUAGAAAGUGGGACAUUUGACGAAUUGAUGGAUUAUGCCCUUAGCCGAGGGGCAUCUAUCAAUCAAUACAAGGCACCCCGCUGUGUCAAGUUCGAUCCAAUAGUCGAGCUCCUUAAUUCAAGAGUCACAGCCUCUUAUCUCAGCCCUAAAUGUCCCAAAUGGACACCAGUACGCACUGACUGGGAAACUUCUCUCGAAUCACUCUAA